AUGUGGAAGCUUGGAGUUCUUCUUCUCGCUACUUCUCAAUUAGCCUCCGCUGCUACAUGUGGUGGCUCCUCUAUUCCAUUCCGCUUUGAGGUUUUACCAUCUGGAACACCUGUUCUUGGAUGUGGUUCUCCAACAUGCUUUGGAGCUCAGAAUGGUGGUCGGAAUGUGCUCCAUGACACUAAGUUCAAUGUUGGCCCAGAUGGUGAAGACGGAUUUAUCAGAGAUGGAGAUGUCGGCAGAAGUCGCUCUCGUUAUAGUGAUGCUCCAUCUCAAAUUGCUGAUUGCCCUUCAGGAUUUGAUUCACAAAGCUGUGUGAAUCCACUCACCUGGGUCGGAGGUUUUCUCUCUAAGCCAGAUGGAAGCUUGAGCUUGCAAUGCUGUCACUACAGUGGUCUACGAUUUGGAGCCGAAGUUGGAAGACCAAUCGUACACGCUGGAGAGGUGUAUUCAGGAGGAGAAGUUCUCCGAGAUGGACGUCAAACGGGCUUUGAUCUUAUCUCAAAUGUCAAAAAAGUAGAAACAGAAGAUGGAUCAAUCGCUUAUGAGUUGACUGUCACUCGUAUGAACUGUCUUCCAGACCCACCAGAGAUCUUCAAUGACGUAAAUCUUGAUGCCUCAAAUGAAAUCAGCAGAAUUUUGGACAAGGUUGGAGAAGUUCAACAUCAUCAAGUUCAACAAACUCAACAAACUCUACCCGUAAAUGACAACACCCAAAGCCAAGGACUUGCUCCAAUCAGUCCUGGGGCCUACGAGACAAACCAUAUUCAGCAAGAUACUUAUGCUCAACCACCACCUCCACAAGAUGAGCCUCAACAAGAACAAUUUGUUCAAGUUGGAGAACAAGUUGUACCUGUAACUGAAGCUGGUUAUUACUACCCCGUUGCUUCUGGAAUUCCGGCUUGUUUCACCGCUGACACUCUUGUUGAUACUCCAGCCGGUACAAAGCGAAUGGAUCAACUCGAGAUUGGAGAUCUUGUUCUCACUUCUAAUGCUAAUGAAUUCACUUUCACUCCUGUUCUCUCGUUCAUGCAUCGUUUACUGGAUGUUGAAGCUUCUUUCAUCAAGCUUGAGACUCCAGGAAAUCUCUUGAAGUUGACCCCCCAACAUUUCAUCUAUAAGACUUCUUGUAAUGACACAACCAACAGCAAGAUGGUUUAUGCUGAAGACGUUAAUGUAGGAGACUGCCUUUAUGAGUCUUCUGUAGUAGAAGGACAAGCAUUGAACAUUGUGCCAGUUGUCAAGAAAUCCGUUGUUCGUGAAACUGGAGUCUUUGCUCCUAUGACAGCUACAGGCGAUCUCUUUGUAAACAACAUCUACGCUUCCUGCCACAACGUCAUUAAGGCUUCUUCCCUUACACACACUUUCCUGAACUUAGCCUCAACCGUUCAGAGCAAGAUCUUAUCUAUGUUCGGAGGAGUGGAAGAUGGACACCUGCCUGCAACAGCUGAAUUCCUACUCCAAGCCAUUGACUACAUCAUUCCACAUAAGCAUUAA